UUGUACAUUUCGGUCUUGUUUUAAGCCAGAAGGCAAGUCGCGAUCUUGCGGGUAACAUCUUUAACAUCAGUCUCGUUUGUUAACUUCAAAGCAGAAGGAAAGGAAACAAUGCGGGAUUGUGCGGGCUGUAAUUCCCAACAAACCCAGUGAAGAGAAAGAAGAGGGGGGAAAAAAAUAAAGGGGGAAUGGUGGAGUUUCUGGAGGACAGGAUUCCACUUUCAGCCACAAUCAUCUAUCAGUGACUGAUGCCAUGAAGCUCAAUCCAAAGCAAGCACCACUAUAUGGUGAGUGUGUGUUGACGGUGCAGCUCAGUGAGGAGGAGUGUGUGGAGGAUGAAGAGGAUGUGGAGUUUUACUUGCUCUUCUCUGGCAGCACACAGAGACACCUGACCACCACACUGAGGCUCGGUCAUGUGACUCUGCAGGCUGUCUGUCCAGCUCAUGAUCGCGAUGAGACAGUUCGGGUCACUCUGUGUCAGGCUCGACCCGGUGGUUCUGUGGACCCGGUGGCGGAGGAGCGGUUCCAGUUUGUCCAGGAUCUGGCUCUGGACAUGGCUCACUUCCUGAUUAGUGCGGCGGCUCACAGGGACGGUCUGGAGGGAGCGCUGCUGCUCACUGACUCACACAUCCCUGUCCAGGAGUGCGAGAGGCUGGACGAGACGCUAAUGCUAGCGCUGAAGCACCUCCCACUACCGCCUGGGUGGAGUGUACUGGGCCCUGACACCAACACAUACGCACCAGCAGAUUUCAGUCCUCAUGAGACGUUGCUGCAUUUUGCGGCUCGUCGCGGUCUCCGGAGAGUGGCCCUGUUCCUCCUGCAGCAGCCUGGGGGACGAGACGCCCUGCAGCUGGUCAACAAACACGGACACACACCUGCCCGAGUGGCUCAGAGCAGAGGACACACACAGCUACAACACCUGCUCUCAGAGCUUGAGAAAUCUCCACACCUUGAGACAAAGGCUCCCAGGCGGCGUUACCCAGCAGGCCGAGCGUUCCUGCACCACCCGAGGCUGAACACCUUCUCUCUGACUGUGGAGACAGAGGCAGACGGAGAUCCUCCAGACCUGCAGCGAGACGUGGAGGAGCUGCGCCGCUACGCCCUCUCUCACCGCCACAGCACGGCAGUAUCUCGGAAGCAGCGUCAGUCCUUCCCGCUGAUCCUGAGCCGGGAUUUCGUUGGCGAGUUGCAGUCGUCUGCAGUGACUCCCUCUGAAGACACCUCCCUCCAUAAACCACCUGCGUGCGAGCAUCAGGAAGUUGACAUCAAAGCCGACGAAGAGAACUGCGAGCACGCUCAGUGGCCGAAUGGUGGUGUCCAAUCACAGGAGGGUGAAGCGCCAGCGUCCAGUGGAGCCUUGGAUUCUGGGAAUGGGACUGUGGGGUUAGAGGGUGAGGGAGUGUGUGUGGGGAAGCUGGAGAACUGUGCAGCUGUCAGCGCUGCUUCCUGUGGAGAACAGCAGCAGGAGGAAGUAGAUAGCAAGCUGAGUGUAAUUAGGGAGACGCCUCGUACACCGAGGAGUGACGCUGCGUCCGAGUCCAAGACGCACAAUAAAGUCCAAUCUGGCAACACGCAGGAGGGAACGAUGGGUCAAACCCAGGGACUCCUCCCCGAGAAAGAAGAAAAGAACAAGGAGAGAGGGGACUUACCAGAGGAAAGGGAAGGGGAGCAGGAAACCAGUUUGCCGAGCAGGGAUACGCGGCAAUCCUAUGGACAAAAGGAUGAGGAGACACACUCGCGUUUUUACUUAAAUUUGGACGUUAAUGCCUCGGAAAACGGGAAGGAGAUCCAGGAAACAGGAAACGCCAGCGAACGGAUACACGAGUCCACCGGCAGCACAACACCGGCUUCACAAGACAUCGGUGAAGAUUUGGAUUCUCGAAGUUUCAGACCCAACAUGGCUCCAGGCCCCGUCCACAACGUACGUCUCGAGCCGGCUCCGGAUGUCGAACAGCUGCUUGAUGCAGCCGCAGGACACCAAAUGGACGCAACUCCAGAAACGGCGUCCGAUUGCUCGGAGCAGGUAAGAUCAGAUUCUGUAAAAGAUCCUCCACCUUGUGAUGUCACUGUUGCACCCUCACAACCUGACAAACUAGAGCUAGACGUUUCUCUCAUGCAUGAGGAAAGUGGUGGAGAAACCCGUGUUGAUCAGAAGUUACUUCCUGAGACAGAAGAAAGUUCUUCAGCAGGAUCUGAAAAUCAUAUUCAAUCUGUCAUAUCUCCAGAAAUAUUGGAAGAAACUUCUCAGAUUUCACCAUUUCAGGAGCAUUGUGACCCGAUCAUGGAUGCCAUGGACCAAGAUCGGGAAAUAUCACAGAGUCUGCUGCUCUUUUUGGACCAAAUUUCAACAGUUCCUUCAGGAUCACUGGUAUCUGAUUCCAACCCUGAAGAAACAGGAAGUGUUUUAAAAUUAAAGCUUGAAACGGAGCCGCUAGCAUUUCAAACACCUCCAGAGUCACCCUGUGAGUUUUUCUCAGUAGAUGGCUUUAUCAGUACCAGUGGUUCCAUUGAAGCAACAUGUUCAGAUUCUCUGGAACUUGGCAGUACUACAGGUUCUCAAGAGACCGUUGAGGAGGGUGUGAAUGUGGAUACAGAACUGCUUGAGAUGUGUGAAAGCUCUAAAAAGUCACCAGUAACAGUUCUUUGUGGUUCCUUCUCCAAACUGACCAUCAGAGGAAGUCCACUUGAUCCUCAGGUCGAAAGCACAACAUCAAUGAUCAACGAAAAAAUAGAAACAAGUGCACAUGCUGAUACAGAAACCUCCACUACACUUUCUUCAGAGACAGAGGAGACCAAGGAGGAGGUUAUGAAGUUAGAACCAGUGAAGGUUGAGACGUUGGAGAAAUCAGAAACAUCACAGAUGGUGAGCAAUAUGUCUGCAGCACCUUCCUGUGAUUCUGCAUUAAAGGAGAACCUUCAAGGAACAGCAGCAAUUACAUACACUGUAGGUCUUGAAACACAAAAUGAUCAACCUCUAGAAUCAAAGGAUGUUCAGGAGGAGUGUAUGAAGAUGCCUACACAGCUUGGUGAGAAUCCAGAAAUUUUGUCACUGCCAUGUGAAACAUUAUCUGUGUCCACUUCUGUCUCUCAGAACAUCACUGACUCACAUUCUGAGGUCAUAACCUUUGAGGACACCAACAAAACAUCUGAAAACACACAGACUGAGAUCAUAACCUUGACAGAGACAUGUGUAGAAACAUCUUUUGGCCCAAAUCUAGUAGUUAGCAACUUUGAGGAAAACAUCCUAGAACAACCUGUGAUUGGGACUUUUGUGGAGAGCAUUAGUGAAACGUCUCAUGAUCUCAUCACAUCCUCUGAAGAGACAGUUGUAGAAACAUCUCUUGAUCCACUUUCUGAGGUUAAAAUCUCUGAGGAAAGCGUUCAAGACCAACAACUUAAUGUCAUGAUCUCAGAGGAGAGCAUUAUAGGAACAUUUCUGAGCUCCAAUCUUGAUUUCACAUCCUCUGUGGAGGUGACUGGAGAAGGGUCACUUGGUCCACUUCUGGAGGCCACCAGCUCUAAAGAAAGCAUCCAAGUCCAACAACUUGAGAAGAGCACAAAUGACUCCCAUGACCCUGAACACAAGGUCACAGCCUUUGGAGAGAGCAUUAAUGAAAGUCUGGAAUCCCAUCAUGAUCCUCUUACGACUUCUGAGGAGGCAAUCGGAGAAACGUCUUGUGACACACUUCCUGAGGUUAACAGCUCUGAAGAAAUUGUUCUACACCAACAACUUGAGGUCAUGACCCCAGAGGAGAACGUUAGAGAAACAUCUCUAGAACCCAAUCAUGAUCUUACCACGUCCUCUGAGGAAACAACUGGCCCCUGUCCUGAGGUCAACACCGUUGAGGAAAACGUUCUAGACCUACAACCUCAAGCGAUGAUCUGUGAGAAGAACGACAAUGGAACAUCUCAAGACCCCAAAGGUCACGGCAAACCCCUUGAGGUCACAGCGUCAGAGAGCAGCAUUCAGAGGCCACACCUUGAGGUGACUAUUGCAGAAACGGUUUGUGAUCAGCAACCUGAGAUCACAGCUUUCGAGCAGAGCAUCGGAGAAACACCUGAUCACACCCAGCUUGAGGAGACAACCUGUGAGGAAGACCUCAGGACGUCUCUGGACCCUUCACCUGAGGUCUUGAGCUCUAAAAAGGAUGAAUGUUUUUCUGAAGCUCCAAUUCAGCAUGAGCAUGCAGUUCUGGACCCUCUUGUUUCCUGUAGUGACUCUGGUUUAGCUUUGGAGAACGUUUCCUCCUCAGGCUCACUCAAGAUCUCCGACCAGCCAGUGGAUCUGGACAGUGGUACUGGUAUAGAAACGGAUGGCGGCUCCGCUAUAGAAGUGGAUAGUGGUUUGAUCCGGGACUUGCCACCUUUGGACAGUGUUGGUGUUAAUAAAAGUGGAACCAUGGAGGAGGAGAAGAGUCACAUGGAGGAGGAAUGUGGAGAGGAACCAAAGGAGGAACAAGUAGCAGGUGAAGAUGUUCACUCUGAGGACAUGAGGACACACAGGGAGCAAAGCCAAGAGAUCCACAGGGAGGAGGAGGAGGACGUCUUGUACUCUUUACAUUCUGAAGAUCUGAAGCCGGAGUGCAGUAAAGAAAGCACGGAAACUGAUGUUGCUGUGUGUUGCUCCGUAUCUGCGAGCUCACUGCCCGGGUCCGAGUCUGUCAGUGAUGGAGACUCACUGUUGGGCCCAGACACGACGGAUGAUGUCGUCUUUAAACAGAGCGAGGACACGCUCACCCUCACCAGUGGAAUUUCCAUGACUGGAUCCAUUUCUACAGACGACUCGUCCCUCACACACACUGUAGGAGAAACCGAGGAAGAGGAGAAGAAAGAUCGGCUGACGGAGGUCCUUGAGCGUUCCGCUGUUCUUCGCUCUACCAGCCGCUCUCACUCUCCAUCCCGGAGACACAGCUGGGGGCCAAGCAAGAAUCAGAGCGGAGAGACGGACAUGGGCCAGCGCAGUGUGGUACAUGCUGAGGAGGAAGAGAAGCCAUCAGGUCACAGGAGAAGUAUGAGCUGGUGUCCAUCACACGUUCCUCACCCUGAGAUGGAGGAGAUGAACUCCAGAAGUUAUAGUCUGGAAGGUUUGGCUGCUGAGGAUGAGGUGAAGAUGCCGAGCAUACGACACUCAACACACACAUCCAUGACUGAGAGAGAGGAGAGAGGAUCACUCGCUUCUCUCACUGAGGAGGAGAACGAGAGCAACGCAGGUGACAACAGCAGCUUAGACAGCCAGAGAUCUGUUCAGGACACAGGAUGUGGCUUCGUUCCUCCUCUUCUCUCACUCACCAAAUCUGUGUCCAUGUCAGCAAUCAGCCCAAGAGACCUGGAUGCGAUUGGACGAGCUCGACCCAGGCGGCGAAUCAGCUUCUCCUUCAACGUGUCGCCCCGCCUCCCCAAACCCAAACCUCUAUUUGCGUUCGGCUCUUCAUCCAGUGAUGAAGAGGAGGCUGGAAACUUGCCCUGUUCAGCAGCAGGAUCUGUGGAGUGCAGUAUUUUAGAGGAAGACCCCGCCCCAUUGAGGAGUGACUCUGAGGUCAGAGGGACGAAAGUGAGCCGCACCUUCAGCUACCUUAAGAGCAAGAUGAGCAAGAAGAGCAAGGAAAAAGAUCGUGACAAGAAUAAAGAUGGUAAAGAGAAGGAGAAGAAGAGCUCCAAUGGUCACGUGUUUAACUCCUCCCUAACUCCGCCCGCCAGCACCUGCCUACAGUGCAACCGACCAAUCAGCAUAAGGGAUGCCCUCACCUGUACAAACUGCAGUGUUCAGGUCCAUAAAGGCUGCAGAGACACACUUCCUGUGUGUGCUAAAGUCAAGAUGAAGCAGCAGACAGUCCCGGACUCUGCUCCUGCACCUGGAGUUCUCUCUCGAGGAAAAUCCUCAUCAGCGCGAGAGCGACCCUGGUCCACGUUGCAGAUCGCUGAAGAUCAGAUGUCUCUUCCUGUCCCUCUGCCUCGGAAAAACACCAUCAUACCGUUUAACAGCGGCUCACUGUCCAAAAGCAUCUCCAUCAGCAACAUCGCAGGGCAGGUUGAUGACGCUCCUCUGAAAGUGCUGAAGGUUCUCUCUCAGUCCACAGACUCGCUCAAUAAGAUGGGGAAAGUGAACGAGUCGACCGAGUCUCUCACUGAUGAAGGGGCGGAGCUGAUGGAUGGUCACCUGAUGGCGGAGUUCGAGGCGGAGGUGAAGGAGCUGGAAGCCGAUUCCUGGAGCUUCACUGUGGACAAAAAAUAUCUGAAACAACUGAAAAAAGACGUCAUCAAGAGGCAGGACGUCAUCUACGAGUUGAUCCAGACGGAGAUGCACCAUGUGCGGACUCUGCGCAUCAUGGCUGACGUGUACAGUAAGGGUCUGCAGAAGGAGGUGCAGGUGGAGGUGCAGACGUUGGAGAAGAUGUUCCCUGUGCUGGAGGAUCUGCUGGAGCUGCACACACUCUUCCUCACACACCUGCUGGAGAGACGGAGGGAGGCGCGAGAGGAGCAGCGGGGGAACGAGGGAGGAUUCGUCAUCCGCAGGAUCGGAGACGUGCUGCUCCAUCAGGUGACUGGCUCCAACGCUGAGAAGAUAAAGAAAGUUUACGGGAAAUUCUGCAGCCGCCACAACGAGGCAGUGAACCUCUACAAAGAGCUACACACACGGGACAAACGCUUUCAGGCCUUCAUCAAGAAAAAGAUGAGCAGUGCUGUGGUGAGGAGGUUGAGUAUUCCUGAGUGUAUCCUGUUAGUCACACAGCGCAUCACCAAAUACCCUGUCCUGCUGCAGAGACUUCUUCAGCACACUCGAGAGCCGGAGGAGGAGCAGGACGUGGCCGAGGCUCUGCGGCAGGUGAAGGAGGUGCUAACGGGCGUGGACUCUAAAGUAAACGAGUACGAGAAGAGGAGGAGGCUGAAGGAGGUGUACAGCCGCACAGACAGUAAGUCCAUCAUGAGGAUGAAGAGCGGCCAGAUGUUCGCCAGAGAGGAUCUGAUCAGAGGGAGAAAACUCUUACAUGACGGACCACUGCAACUGAAAAACGCAGCCGGGAGACUGAAAGAUGUUCAAGCUUUGCUGCUGUCCGAUGUGUUUGUAUUCCUGCAAGAAAAAGAUCAGAAAUACGUUUUCGCCUCACUGGAUCAGCGCAGCACAGUGAUCUCACUGCAGAAGCUGAUUGUGAGGGAGGUGGCAAAUGAGGAGCGCGGGCUGUUCUUCAUCACAGCGGGCAUCGAGAAGCCUGAGAUGGUGGAGGUUCACGCCAGCUCCAAAGACGAGAGGAACACAUGGAUGCAGCUCAUCCAGAACACCACCACCUCCACAGAUAAGGACGAUGAUGAAGGAAUCCCAAGUGAAAAUGAAGAAGACAAGAGGGUGCAAGAGAGCAAAGCUAAAGAGAUGAGAGAUCAACUGCAGAAGAAGGACGAACAGAUCGUGACUCUGUUAGAAGAAAAAGCGCGUCUGUUCCGCGAGUUGUGCGACUGUGCGAAUCAGGACGAAGCAUCUAUCCGUAACAGGAUGUUGUUCAGGGCGACAGGUGAUGAUGUCACGAAAGGAGAGCCAGUCAUCAGAGAUGCUCUUAAGGAAGUUGAGACGUUACAGGAGCUGGUGAACAGCAGUGUGGUGGGACAGCAGGUGUGUGUGGGACAGGAGGACUCGAGUGUGUGUGCAGGGUCUGUGAGUUUACCACGCAGAGCUGAGACAUUUGGGGGAUUCGACUGCCACCAGAUGAACAUCUCAAAGAAUGGAGACCGCGAGGAAGCGGAUGAUCUGCGAAGAACCGAGUCAGACAGCGUUCUAAAGAAGGGGGGCACUGCAAACCUGCUGCUUUUACACAAGAGGAACAGUGAGCAGUUUCUCCUGAGCGUCACUCGUCUUCAUGACCUGCUGAACACCUUACAGGCUGUGGUGGUCCAGCAGGACACCUUCAUCGAGGAGCAGCGUCAGGCCCUGAGCUCACCAUCCCUCCGUCACCCCUCCAUCUCGUCCUCGUCCUCCUUCUCGUCCUCAUCGUCGUGUUCGUCUCGCCCAAGCUCUCUGAUGGAGCAGGAGAGGCAGCGUCAGGAGGAGAAGGUCCGGGAAGAGGAGAGGAGGAGGAGAGAGGAGGACGAAAGGAAGAGGAGAGAGGAGGAGGAGGAGAGGAGGAGGCGAGAGGCGGAGCUUGUUCUGAGAGAGGAGAGACUCGUCGCCAUGGAGGAGGAGACGCAGAGGAGACACGAGGCACUUGAGCAGGAGCAGCAGGAACUCAGCAACAAGAAGGAGGAGUAUCAGAGAGAACUGCUGAGACUCCGAGAUGACCAGAGGAGACUGGAGAGAGAGCGAGAGCAGCUACACACACAUCUACACAACACAGAGCAGGACUCGAUGGAACAGAGACCUCGCACUUCCUCCACUGCCUCAGAAGACUCGCUGAAGUUCCUGAGCCCCACUGACAUGGCUGAAGGUGUGGAGAUUUUCUCUCGCGCCGACUCCAAACGCAAAGCCAAAAACCUGAACCUGAACCCGUUCUCCUCCGGCUCCGGACACAAGAGCAGCAUCGCCGAGCCUCCAGGCCAAGUCCCCAACCGCCUGCUGCAGCUCACUAAACCCAGAGACAAGAAGGAGAAGAAGAAGAAGAAAGGAAAAGGAGGCCAGCAGAACCAGUCUACAGAAACCCAAGGUGCAGCGGCGCCCAAGUCUUCAGCAGAAAGAGACGUAUUUUCAUGCUGAUCUCGCGCUCCGAUCGGAUCGGAGGCUGAUGGAUCCAGCGUUUCAGCACCGGGGGAAAAAGUUCUCCACCCUUUCCUUCUCUCACACACACACACACACACACACACACACACACACGUGUAUUUCUGCACCUGGGGGUUUGGGGGUGUGGUUUCUGGAGCAGGCGUCAGCUCAGUGUUCAUCACACCACUAUGGGCACUUUUAUUUUACAUUUUUUGAUUUUUUAUAUAUUUUUUUUUAUUUAAAAACUUUCUUUAGACAAAGAGAAGAGGAUUUUUUUUCGGACAGCCGGACACUCGAAGCCGCUGCAUUUCUCCGAGAUCACUGAGAAGAAAGUGACAUUUUUAUCGAAGGAUAUUCAACUAACAAACUAACAGCGUUCUGCAGUGAGAGAAUUCCGACAUGUGGAACGGAGGAAAUGGGAAUUUCUAGAAAUUUCUGUCACUUUAAAAAAAAAAAAAAGAAAAAAAAAAAGAAAGAGAGAUGUAUGGUCCGAUAAUCACACACCUGAUUUUUUUUAAAAAAAGUUUAAAAAGUUUUUACUGAUUUUCUUUGAGUAAAAAAUAAAAUAAAAAUAGGCCACGCCCACAAGCGACAAUCAUCACCAAGCGUCCUUUUUAUGAGUGAUUACUAAAUGCUUGGACAUUUCUUUAAAAAAAAAAAAGAAAAAAAAAUUACAAAAACCCACGGCUCUCUGGACUUUUGUGAAAUAAAAUGGAUAAAUUAAAAAAAAAAAAAAUUUUUUAAAACAAUAAUUUAUUUUGGCUUUAAUCUCAAGUCUCAUGCAUGGAGAUAAAAAAAAAGUUGGUGUCGUUUUUCUUUUUACUAUUAGAUAAAGAAUGACGGUGUGAUCUGUUGCCUGUACUGAAGUUCUUUGACUUUGUUUUAUUUCCACGUCAUUUAACUCUCCCCUGCUUCCUCGGUCAGAGCAGAAACGUUGCUCUGACGUGUAAACAGCAGUGAAUCUGCUCCUGCUCUCACUCCUCAGAGGAGUUGACUUUAUUUUCUUCUUUAUUAUUUAGCACUUUAUAUCACGUCAGAAAAGAUCCGGGUUUUAAUCCGAGACGUUCGAUUCGAUUAGUUUUUGUACCGUGUGAAUGUCGUGGAACUCAAAGCUAGAUUUGGGUUGUUUUUGCGUUGAACCAAAAGAAAAAUGAACGGGUUUUUGAAUCAGAGUGAUGAAUAUAUGUGAAAACUCGGAGCUGGGAGAGAGUGGUGUAGAUCCGGUGGAACGACCGAUAAACGUUUGCAAGCGUCUCGACGCGGAUUUUUCCCGGCAGGUCAGGUGACGUGACGAAAUGUGGGUCAAUGAAGGAGUCCUCGCCUGCGGGACAGGCAUGUCUGUUAAUAAUAAACCUCCUGAAAACCAAAAGAAUGAAAAAGCUGAGAUUUGAUCACAAAAAUUGACAUCAGAUUCUUCACAACACGAGGACGCUUUUUGUUUUUAAACCACUGUCUUUAUUUAGCGUUAUCCGCGUUCCCUAUGUCUGAGUGGGACACAAACACAGUGUGAGAUUUUGACUCCGCACGUCCCCUUGCACUUUCCCCAUUCCCUUAAUUUAAUCCUGAAGUGUUUGAACUCCACAACAACUCGACAGCGAUUACGCCAUUCACGUUUUUUUAAUAGCUACAUUUUAACGUUAUUGUUCUGUGAAAAGCAUGGCUUCUCCUCUAGCAGCUUCCUUCAGCCAUCUCUCUCUCUCUCUCUCUCUCUCUCUCUCUUCAGUUAAUUCGAGAAACGAUCAUUUAUGUUGCUGUAAAACGCUGAAGAAUCGUAAACCCCUCUGUGUUAUUGUGUAACAGUUUACACAGCCCUGACACUGGAGACUCCUUCCACAAAUAUUAAAAAAAAAUAAAAAAUCUCCUUACUCGCUGAUGCUAUAGAAACGGUAACGUGAUCGAAUCUGCACAUUAACCUUUGACUACUUUUUUGUAAUAAUACUUUUCCGUAAUCGUCAUGAUUCUCUCUCAGCCGAUUGGCUGAAAUAAGACGGGUAUCACGUCAGUGUUAUGCGUCGAAGAUCGCAACCAAUCGAAUUUGCAAGUGGACUCGUACCUCAUCAUCAUCAUCAUCAUCACCACCACACCGGAUUCAUUUCGCUAAAGCAGCCAAAAGAUGGGGAUGUGCCCUUGUUAGCCUCCCUAUCGAGUGCACUUGAUCACUCCUGUACCUGGUAGUUGUGUUACUUUUGUUGACCACUAGAGGGCGUUAUAUGUAUGCUGCAUCACGUUACCAAAGUCCUACAAUCUGUUGUGUUUAGUAUAAACACUUUAGCGAGGAGAUCAAAUACACAACAAGCAAACUGACGCACAACCGAACAACAAGCGAAGGGCAAGAAGAUGUCAAUCAUCCAAACAACAAAAUGUUCUGCGUUGUGUUUGUGUUCGUGCUUUUUUUUUUUUUUUUUAGG